CUACAUCGUUUCCUGGGCGGGAACAGCAAAAUGGCGCCAGAACUAGUGGCGGGCUGAGGCUACUGGCCCCCUCCAAGCCGGAGCUGUGGUCCCCGGGCCAACCCGGCCCCUCCCGGACAUGGAGGACGUGGAGGCGCGCUUCGCCCAUCUCCUACAGCCCAUUCGGGACCUCACCAAGAACUGGGAGGUGGACGUGGCGGCCCAGCUGGGCGAAUAUCUGGAGGAGCUGGACCAGAUCUGCAUCUCUUUUGAUGAAGGCAAAACCACAAUGAACUUCAUUGAGGCCGCACUGCUGAUCCAGGGCUCCGCCUGUGUUUACAGUAAGAAGGUGGAAUACCUCUACUCGCUGGUCUACCAGGCUCUCGAUUUCAUCUCCGGCAAGAAGCGGGCCAAGCAGCUCUCCUCUGCCCGGGAAGACGGGGCCGACGGGGAUGGCAGCUCUAGGGCCCCCAGGGAGGAGGAUGAGUUCCUGUUGCUGGAUGACCUCCCCGACUCCCGCACUAACGUGGAUCUGAGGGGUGAUCAGGCCCCCAGUGACACCCUCAUCGUCCCCCUCCUGCCUAUGGCCCUGGUAGCCCCGGAUGAGAUGGAGAAGAACAGUAACCCCCUAUACAGCUGUCAUGGGGAGGUCCUGGCCAGCCGGAAGGAUUUCAGGAUGAAUACGUGCACCCCCCACCCCGGAGGAGCCUUCAUGUUGGAGCCAGGGGGCAUGUCCCCUAUGGAGGCCCUGCUGCCGAGGGACCAGAAGUUGGCUGGGAGAGCUGAGGAGCAGCCAAUGGAAGUCUCUGUGUGCAGAAGUCUGGCCCCUGUACUCAGCGUCUCCCAGGAGCCAGGCACCUCUCUGGAAGGCCCAGUGCCUGGAUAUAGGGAUGACGAAGAGGAUGCAGAGGGGGCGGCAGUGCUCCCCGAGGCCGUGGCCCCCGAGGUCCCUAUGGAGCCCCAGGAGCCCAGGAGUCCAGAGCAGGGCAUCACCCAGCCCAGGAAGUGCCUGCUGCGGGAGCCUGCCUCCCGGCUGAAGGAGACCCCAGACCCCUGGCAGGGCCUGGACCCCUUCGACUCCCUGGACUCGAAGCCCUUCAGGAAAGGUAGGCCCUACUCCGUGCCCCCCUGUGUGGAGGCGGCUCCGGGACAGAAGCGCAAGAGGAAGGGCACGGCCAAGCUGCAGGACUUCCACCAGUGGUACCUGGCUGCCUAUGCUGACCACGCUGACAGCAGGAGUCCCCGGCGGAAGGGCCCCUCCUUUGCAGACAUGGAGGAUCUGUACUGGAGGCACGUGAAGGAGCAACUGGAGACCCUGCGGAAGCUGCAGAGGAGGGAGGUGGCUGAGCGGUGGCCGCCAAGGACCGAGGAGGGGCUAUGGCCUGCGGAGGAGGACCGCCUGGAGGACUCCUUAGAGGAUCUGGGAGUGGCAGGUGACUUUCUAGAGCCUGAGGAGUAUGCAGAGCCUGAGGGGGCAAAGCCCGAGGAAGAUGGAGACCUAGAAGCAGAAGCCAUGCCGGCGUCCCUGAGCUAUGAGGAACUGGUCCGAAGGAAUGUGGAGCUCUUCAUCACCACGUCUCAGAAGUUUGUCCAGGAGACAGAGCUGAGCCAGCGCAUCAGGGAGUGGGAAGACACCAUCCAGCCCCUGCUCCAGGAGCAGGAGCAGCACAUGCCUUUUGACAUCCACACCUAUGGGGACCAGGUGGUCUCAAGGUUCAGGCAACUCAACCAGUGGUGUCCCUUUGCGGAGUUGGUGGCCGGGCAGCCUGCCUUCGAGGUGUGUCGCUCCAUGCUGGCCUCCCUGCAGCUGGCCAACGACCACACGGUGGAGAUCACCCAGCAGCCGGGGCUGGAGGCAGCUGUGGACACCAUGUCCCUGAGACUGCUCACAUACCAGCGGGCCCACAAGCGCUUCCAGACGUAUGCCGCCCCCUCCAUGGCCCAGCCCUGAGCAGGGAGCACUGAGACCAGGAGUGGGCCCUGGAGCCCUGUCUGCCACGGUGCUGGGCAUGCAUCUGCUCACCUCGCCUUGCUUCCUGGCUGGCCCAGCCUAAUAAAGUGUUGCCAUCCCACCAA